UUUUUUAGGGACUUUUGAGAUUUUGUCCCUAAAAAAAAGUACGUAUGUAUAUGAGAGAGCAGAGAGGUAUGGAGAGCUUGACGUAGCCUCAAUUCUUUUUAGAUUGUUGGAUCAAAGGUUCGAUUUUUUUCUGAUCUGAGAAAAAAAAAAAAGAGAGAGAGAGAAGUCAAAAAAAUUUCAGAAUCGAGAGACUGAAGAGAGAGAAAGAGAAAGUUUAGUUGGUUUGGGUGGAGUGAUCCGAUUAAUAACUGGUUGGGUUGGUAAAUAAACAAAACUUUGUGGGGUUUGUUUUUAGAUUUCGAAGAUCAGAGAUGAAAUCGAAGUAAGUUCAGACGGCGAGUAGAAUCAAAGACGAAAACGAAGGAAGUCCAUUGGUUUCUGGAAAAUUCGUAGGACAUGGCGAAUAGUAAGUACGAGUACGUGAAGUCCUUCGAAGUGGAAGACGAAGUUAUGUUUCCCAAUCUGAUAGUCAUCCGCAUUGAUGGCCGUGAUUUUUCCAGAUUCUCCCAAGUUCACAAGUUUGAGAAGCCUAAUGAUGAAACGGCUUUAAAUUUGAUGAAUUCAUGUGCAUCUGCCGUUUUGGAAGAGUAUCCCGAUAUAGUCUUUGCGUAUGGAUAUAGCGACGAGUACAGCUUUGUUUUCAAGAAAACUUCAAGAUUCUACCAGAGGCGAGCUAGUAAGAUUCUGUCUUUGGUAGCCUCAUAUUUUGCUGCGGUUUAUGUGAUGAAAUGGAAAGAGUUCUUUCCUCUUACAAAGUUAGAAUAUACUCCUUCAUUCGCUUCAAAAGUUGUAACUUGUGCAUCAGUAGAGGUUCUUCAAGUUUACCUUGCGUGGAGACAACAUGACUGCCACUUCAGUAAUCAGUAUGACACAUGUUUUUGGAUGUUAGUGAAAAGUGGAAAGACCUUAAGUGAAACACAUGAGAUUUUGAAGGAUACCCAGAAACAACAGAGAAAUGAGCUUCUCUUCCAGCAAUUUGGUAUUAAUUAUAAAAUGCUUCCUGUAUUGUUCCGUCAAGGAUCAUGCCUUUUUAAGACAAAGGUGGAAGAAACUGUAAAGCAUGAUGAGAAUGGAAAUCCUGUAAAACGAUUGAGGAGAAGGGAAACUUUAGUGCAUGCAGAAAGUAUUGCUGGAAGAAGCUUUUGGAAUGAGCACUCCUCUCUUCAUAAGGAUCUUGGACAUUUUGUACAAGACAUUGGCAAAAUUGAACCGAAUUAUGUUAAGUCGUUUCAGUUUGAGAAUAGAUUAUUACCUUUAACUUGGGUUGUGGUUAGGAUUGAUGGCUGCCAUUUUCACAGAUUCUCUGAAGUUCAUGAAUUUGAGAAGCCAAAUGAUGAGCAAGCUCUGAAACUUAUGAAUUCAUGUGCAGUGGCUGUUCUUGAGGAGUUUCAGGAUAUUGCCUUUGCAUAUGGUGUUAGUGAUGAGUACAGUUUUGUUCUGAGGAAGGAAUCUGAGCUUUACAAAAGACAGCCCAGUAAGAUAAUAUCUGCAAUUGUAUCUUUCUUUACGUCUACAUACGUGAUAAGAUGGGAAGAUUUCUUCCCUCACAAAGAAUUGAAGUACCCUCCAUCAUUUGAUGGACGAGCUGUAUGCUAUCCAACAUCAGAGAUUCUCCUGGAUUAUCUAGCUUGGAGACAAGUCGACUGCCACAUCAAUAAUCAGUACAAUACAUGUUUCUGGAUGCUUGUUAAGUCUGGAAAAAGCAAAACUGAAGCCCAAGAUUACUUAAAGGGUACCCAAACACGUGAAAAAAACGAGUUACUUAGCCAGCAAUUUGGACUUGAGUACAAUUUAUUACCUUUAAUCUUCCGCAUGGGUUCUUCCGUUUUCCGCCUAAAGGAACGUGUUACAGAGGAGAAUGGAGAGGUUUCAGGCAAGCAAGUGGAAGAAGAAGUGGUCGUACACCAUUCUAGCAUUAUCGACCAAUGUUUCUGGCAACAACGUCCUCACAUUCUUAACUCCUAAAACAGGUAUUCCUUCGUAGUUUGGUACCAAAAAAAAGUUCUAAAGAGAUAACCUAAUGAGAUUCAGGUCUUAUUGUCAUAAACCAAAGCUGAAUUACAACAAAAAAAAAAAGAGAAAAAGUAUUGAACCGAAUGGUCUACUUAUAAAAAAAAAAAUACUCUUACUAUAUGUUUCCAUUAUUCAACAAUUGUAUCUAUACAUUAUCCUAAUUUCUUU